UCCUGCUGUACUUUGGUUUUUCCGAGCUGGCAAGGCAUGAGGCGUUUUUGUAGCCCAAGUGUAUCCGUUUUGUAACAGAAGUGAGUAGGUACAUGUGAUUUAGUUUUCUUCGUCUUCAGAUGUGCUACGAUAGUGUUAUCAGUUUGUAGUUCAUAGACGAUAUAUGGUGAAGUAAGUCUCAUAGAUUGAGUGGGCAUUUUCCUUGCGUUCUAUACCUACGACUAUUAAGUUGAAUCAAGAGAAAAUCGAUUUUUCACUGUAACGUAUGAAUGAAUCAAUUAGGCGAAUACAUACAAACAAAGUGAUCGACACGCCGAUUGUACCUACUUAAGAGGAGCAGGAAAGAGUGAUUUGAUUAGUCGUCGGGAAGAAAAGUUAAUUUUCUUGAGAAAUAGAGUGAUUUUCUCGUAAAGAAUAUUCCUUAUUCCACUGGCUAUCGUACUACUGCCGUAGUCGUCAGCUGCGCUUUGUUACUGACGGUGGCCGUUUUUGACGUAUAAAUUUUGGACUGAGGGCACCGGAUACGGCUUCAAAAUAGGUCAACCUAACAGUACCCGAUUCAACGAACCAUUCAACAUGCAUGAAGGCGAAGUGGUGGUCAAGAAGGUGCUGGGCCACGUGCCCAAGAGCAGUGUCCAGCAGCGAGCAAAACCAUUAGAAACGAGAACUUAUCGCUUAGCCCGGGAUGACAUAUCCGGCGGACCGGUCAAUCUUGAUGAAAUCGAACCAGGCCUGUGGUUGGGUAACGUAACGGCAGCGGCUGAUUUGCCGACACUAGAGAAACUAUCGAUUCGAAGUGUACUAACAAUUGACUCCUGUCCGCUGCCAUCGCAUGUUACCGAGAAUCCAAGCUUGCGGGUGAAAUAUAUUCAAGCAUCCGAUGUGCCAAGAGAGGAUCUGAUAAAGCAUUUUGAGGACACCAACAAAUUCAUUGGUGACAGCUUGGCGGAGGAACGAAACAUUCUGGUGCACUGCUAUUUUGGCGUCAGCCGCAGUGCCACCAUCGUGAUUGCGUACCUCAUGGAGAAGUACAAGCUGACCUACGAGGUAGCCCUGCAUCGGGUGAAAAGUAAGCGCCGUUUCGUAAUGCCCAAUCCGGGCUUCAUCAAUCAGCUGAAGUUGUUUUAUCUCAUGAACUACCGUAUCGAUCCGCUGAACGAAAAGUACAAACUGUUUCGCCUCAAACUGGCGGCAGAUAACGUGAGGAAAGCCAAACGACUUCCCGUAAACUGCAUGGAUGUGGUAAAGCCAGAUCCGGCAGUGACCCAGGAAACGCCCGAACCAAUCGUGUACCGGUGUCGCAAAUGUCGUCGGGUGGUUGCUCGGAAAAGUAAUCUGCUGCUGCAUAAACCUAAACCACCCGGUCAGUCGCCAUGCAAGCGCCCAAUGUUCGGGGCAAUCGAUAGCGUUGACGAAGGGGACGAAAGUGAAUCGGGCGAUGAGAAAAAAGAAGAAGACGAAACCGGUACAGAUGCGGAACAGCAGGAGAAUAAGGAAGGAUUGGCUGAAGGAGGAGCGCAAGCUAGUUCAGGAGAAGCGACCGUUUCGGAGCAGAGCGAAAAUUCGAAUGCUCCUAAGGAAGCGAUGGCUUGUGUCACGGAACAAAUGCGACGGAGUUCGAUCGCAAGCGAUCAAAGCAAUCGGUCGGCGGAAAAGGAUGGAAUGUGUAAAAAGAUCUACUUUACCGAACCGCUGGCCUGGAUGACGGACAUUUUCCACAAUACACAGGGCCGUUUGUACUGUCCCAAAUGCUCGGUGAAGCUGGGUAGCUUCAAUUGGGUGAUGGCAACCAAAUGUCCCUGCGGAGCUGAGAUAUAUCCCGCGUUCUAUCUUGUGCCAUCUAAAACUGAAUACUCAACUGUUGUGCAGAAUGUUCAGGUAACCGUAUAAAUUGUGGUGCGAUUAUAUGAAAGUGCAAGAAGCGUAGCAGACUUUUUCGAAUUUAUGUCUACAGCAGACAGACACAUACGGCAUUAGUAAUCUUAGCAAUACAAACAUUUUGUUGAAAAACACGGACGGUUGCGAAAAAGGGAAACAAAGAUAUGAAGCCACAAACAAACCUAUUCUUCCCUACCUAUUAUAUAUACCUACUUAUAUUUGUUUCAUCAACUGCUUGGUCACAUUGACUAAUAAUAACACACCGGAAAACCUACAUUUACUUAUACAAAACAAUAUUUAAUGCCAUUAUAUAUACAAAUAUCGAUAUAUUAACAAAACAAGUAAAAUAGACAGUGAAGCAUUGCAAGGAACAGUCAGUGGUGAAUAAGCCAAACCGAAAACAAGUGAGAUUCCAUCUAUUUUAGCCUAUUAUAAACAGUAGCUGUAGCAGUUUUUUACAUUGCAUCUAUCCUUUCGGGGGUGUGC